GAUUGUGGGCUGGGUUCGGCGGGGUCCCGAUUCCCGCUUCAUGUGCCAGGGAUUGUUGGCCUCGGUCCAUUUAUUUGCCUGCGUUGAGCGAGUGGUCGCAGCAGGAGUUUUCAGCAUCAUCUGGUGACCAGGUUCAGUAACCAGGUGCUCUUGAACCAAGAGUCCAAGACAGUCCAUCAAGACUAGCCCUAGCAGAAGACAUGCCAAAGAGCAAUAAGGAAUGGGCAUGGCGCAUCACUUUUGAUGUUGCAUGUCUGCUCAUAGUGGCCGCCCCCCUCCUGGUCUUCUACUAUGCCGUCGAGCCGUUCCAGCGCGGCUUUUUCUGUGACGACGAGUCGAUUAGGCACCCGUACAAAGCGGACACGGUGUCCACUGUGGCAUGCUAUAUCGUGGCUGUUACGCUGUCGGUGAUCAUGAUGUCUAUCGUUGAGUACUUCCAUUGCAAGCACUGCCACCGCCAGAAGACCAUGCAGGUGUGCUGCCUGCACGUGCACCCCUGGUUCUGGGCCAUCUACUCGAUGGUGGGCGUGUUCGCGUUCGGCGCCGCCUGCUCCCAGCUGGCGACAGACAUCGGGAAGUACACGAUCGGGCGGCUGCGCCCGCACUUCAUCACCGUCUGCCAGCCGGACUUCAACAAGAUCAACUGUUCGGGACACGCGUUCAUAGAGGACUUCGAGUGUUUGGGAGACAACGUGAAGGCGAUCAGGGAGGCAAGGCUUUCGUUCCCGUCCGGCCACGCUUCGUUCUCGUUCUACACCAUGGUGUACCUGGCGCUGUACCUGCAGGCGCGCCUCACGUGGCGCGCCACCAAGCUGCUGCGGCCGUUCCUGCAGUUCAUCUGCGUGAUGCUGUGCUGGUACACGGCGCUCAGCCGCGUCUCCGACUACAAGCACCACCCGACCGACGUGCUGGGCGGCGCCGUGCUCGGCACCGUCGUCGCCGUGGUCGUGGCCGUCUACGUGUCCGGCAUGUUCAAGAAGCGCUGCGCGGCGGCCGACGUCCAGCCUCCUUCCCGGCAGAACACUAUCGACAACACCGACAUACCGUAGCGACCGGGCCGGGCCGGGCCGGGCCGUGUCGGGUCGGGUCGGCCCAGGCCCGUGUCCCCAGACGCUCUGCUUGUUAUCUUCCGCGGCGGAGGCGCUCGUGGGCCGCGGCUCUCAUUGGAUUGGCGUGAUGGCGAAAUGGUGCUCGUAUUGGGCGGUUUUGUGUGACGAGGCGUGAACAGCGAUGUUGGGCUGCCGCUAAAGAAAUAAGUAGACUAUCAUCUAGUUCAAACAAGCGGCGUCAUGCAUGAAAGCGCUCAUGCCUUGUUUCAUGCAAACGCACGGCAGGAGAUAGUGGAUUGUGCCUCACGUUUUUCUCCGUAGGUCUGCCAUCUAGAAUUUGUCUUGAUAUGGGUUCGUCGCUUGCGGUGCGAAUGCUCAUACGAGUGGAACUAAAAGCGUGCAUCGUUUU